UUGGUAGGUAAUCCACUGCGCCGCUGGAAGGAGGCUUUGCGGAGAUGGACCGGGUCGGCGGCGGCGAGAAGCAGCUGGAGGAUUGUACAGUGGGCAAUGCUCUAGGAACUUGCUUCUUCUUCUCUGCUGUAAGCGCUCUUGCUGUUAUUCCUGUGGUCAUAAAGAAGAAAUCCUUGGCUCCCGCGGCCUUCGUUGUCACCACAGGAACCAUGCUGGACACUAUCGCAGGCAUUAGACUGUGUGAGCUACAGCAUGCUGAGCGGCAAAUGAAGCUUUUGGAAGCCCAGAAACUUUCGGAGGAUGCUUCAGCUGGGAGUGAAAGCUCUUGAUUCCUUUGGCAGUUCUAACAAGUGACAUACAUCUCUUGUUUCCAAACUUGUGAGUUGUUGCUCAGAUGCCAAUUUGACACCUUUUUAUUUUUGAGUAUCAUUCCUACACGCCAAAAAAAAAACGUGUAAUUGUGUGUUUAAGCAACGAUCACUUGUUUUCA